AGACAGCAUGGGCACAGGUCCUUCAGCCCAACUCGUCCAUGCUGACCAAUGUGCUCAGCUAAGCUUGUCUGGUCUCAUUUGGUGGCGUUUGACCCAUAUCCCGCAAAACCAUUCCUCUCGCUGAAAUUCAGUACCAUUGAAGUCAAAGGAUUUAAUUUUGAAGACGGUACAGACAACAUACUGCUGCUGGUGUGCGCAACACCACCGAAUGGAGGUGAUUUUUCGAGCCCAUAUAGUCUUUCAUCAUAUUUUAAAACACAGUUUCUAAAUUACUGAUACAGAAAUGAAUCAAAAAGAGACAUUAGUUGUGACUUUGUAUGCAGACGUAUAAAGACCUCUGUUCAUACUACACUCGAUUGUCGUAGUGUACAAAAAUGCAAGCUGCACUUCUGAGGGUAACGUUACGGGUGACAUUAAUUCAGACCCUCGUGUUUUACUGAUCCCGUGAAAAGAUAUCCUGGUCAAUUCCUCCCUUAUUCAAAGUCACCGAAAAAUACAGAUUAUUGGGUCGCUUAUUCGUUUGAAAGUUGUGCGCGUCUGGCUGUGUUGUUCUCCCCGCUUCCCUGGAGGGCUUGCUGAGGGGCGAAAGGUGCUUGAAGACUCCUUCCUUUCAGAGGUCUAACCGCUGCCAUGGCAAACUGCAGCCUACUUUGGAGGGCUGGGACGAAGUGUAGGACGAGGUGUGUCGCUCGAUGUCGGCGCUGCGGAGGAAGGGAAGGCGGCGUUGCGCUUGCAGCCGCUCUCCGGUAGGUGUCUCUCGAUGCGGGUUCGGGUGCGGGCGCGGGGCCGUGCGGACGCUCUGGCUCGCUGCGCCCGCCGCCAUAUUGGCUGCUUUGCUGCACCGCGGUGAGAUGAGGGUGAAGCGCGGACGUUGCCGCAUUUGACUCCGCGCCCGAAGUUCAGCUCCUGCCCCGGCCAUCCGACUCCAGUGUACGAGCCCACACUUCCUUGCCUGCCUCCUCCCCCGUCUAAUAGUCACCCGAACGGAGCGAGCGAAAACGCCGAGCCAUGGAGGCCGUCAAAGCCUUUAAUAACGAGCUGUACUCCUUAAAUGAGUAUAAACCACCUAUCUCCAGGGCUAAAAUGAACCAGGUGACCAAGGCUGCCAUCAAGUCAAUUAAGUUCUACAAACAUGUGGUACAGAGUGUGGAAAAGUUUAUUCAAAGGUGUAAACCAGAAUACAAAGUCCCAGGGCUGUAUGUUAUCGACUCAAUUGUGCGCCAAUCUCGUCAUCAGUUUGGUCCAGAAAAGGAUGUGUUUGCUCCCAGAUUUUGCAAGAACAUCAAUACAACUUUCCAGAACUUGUACAAGUGUCCUGCUGAUGACAAGAGCAAAGUGGUGCGGGUACUGAACCUGUGGCAGAAGAAUGGUGUAUUCAAAAGUGAGGUCAUACAGCCACUUCUGGAUUUGGCAACAGGGAUUCCACCGCCCUCUGUUACCCCUGCUAUUGCCAGUACUGCAGCAACUGUGAGCAGCAACACACCAGGAACGCCAGCCACACCUGCCACUCCAGCUAACGUGGUGCAGAAUUUACCUGAUGCAUGGGCCUCCAUCUCUCAACUUUCUAACUCUGAUACAAUUGCUGCUGUUGCGCAACUUCUUCAGAGUCCCCAAGGCCAACAGCUCCAGCAGUUGGUGCAGAACCUUCAGAUGCAGCAACAGAAACCUCAGCCAUCUCUACUUCAGGCUCUUGAUGCUGGGCUUGUUGUCCAACUCCAGGCACUCACAGCGCAGCUGACGGCAGCGGCAACAGCAAAUACUCUCAACCCAUUGGAACCUCGUCUUAACUUUAACAAGAAACUCCUAGAUAGAUUUGAAUAUGAUGAAGAGCAUGAUCCCUCAGAUGAAGCUAAGAAAGAAACAUCUACAUCCCAGCUACCUCUUGUAACUGAGACCAUGAACACAUCACUUUUUCAGCAGCUGGCUGAGCAGUUCCAGCAGCAAAACUUUGAGCAGCUUCAGCAGCAGCUGAUGGAGCAACAACAGACCCAGCAGAAUGCAGCAUUGGAUAGUCAAGAGGUAACUUUUGGAUCUGAACAAUCAGCCACUCCAUCCCAGGGGAGCACUCACCAUCAGCAACAAGAGCAGGAAGUAAGAGUAGAAGAUCCACUUGAACAACAACAGCAGGAUAUGGAUAUUGAUGCACCUGAUGGUCAAGACCUCAUUGAAGAAGAAAUAUUUCAGCAUGAAGAAAAGAAACCUUUAGUACGCUCGAGAUCGAGGACGCGGUCAAGAUCCCGUUCAAGGUCACCACGAAAGAAGAGGUCCAGAUCACGGUCGGGGUCUCGUAAACGUAAGCAUCGGAAACGUUCACGGUCAAGAUCAAAAGAGAGGAAAAGAAAAUCAUCGCGAUCAUAUUCUAGUGAAAGAAGAGCAAGAGAACGUGAAAAAGAACGUCAGAAAAAGGGUCUACCUCCUGUUCGAUCAAAGACGCUUAGUGUGUGCAGUACCACACUAUGGGUUGGUCAGGUCGACAAAAAGGCAACACAACAAGAUAUAACGAAUCUCUUUGAGGAAUUUGGCCAGAUUGAAUCAAUAAAUAUGAUACCUCCGCGAGGGUGUGCAUAUGUCUGCAUGGUUCAUCGGCAAGAUGCUUUUCGUGCUCUUCAAAAAUUAAGCACUGGAUCCUUUAAAAUGGGGUCCAAAAUUAUUAAGAUUGCUUGGGCUUUAAACAAAGGUGUGAAACCUGAAUAUAAGCAAUUCUGGGAUGUUGACCUUGGAGUCACUUACAUACCCUGGGAAAAAUUGAAAUUAGAUGAUUUAGAAGGCUUCUCUGAAGGAGGCAUGAUCGACCAAGAAACUGUUAAUAAUGAGUGGGAAUCUAGGAGUUCUGAGCCUGUAAAGGAGAAUGUGUCCCAACCUGUAACUACUGAUAACAGUCAACCAACUUCAGAGGGAGAGACAUUCACUCAACCUGUCACUAUACUGCCUGUUCAACCGAAGCAAAUGGAUGAUAUAAAGUUUAUUCCACAAAUGCCAGUGACUCCUACAGUUUCAGCAAUUAGUAUGGUACAGCCACCGGCGUUUCCUGUGUCAAUGUCCAUACCUCCACCAGGCUUCAACCCAGCUAUUCCACCACCUCCAUUCUUAAGGCAUACUUUCAAUCCUUCACAGCCUCCUCCAGGUUAUUUACCACCUCCCCCUGUUCCACCUCCAGUUGUUGGACCUUCCAUUCCUCCAGUACAGACCCCUCUAGUUUGUCCGCCUCUCUCAAACACUCAAGAGAGUGCAAAGGAUUCCUCGUUUGGAAGUCUCCUUUCACAAAUAGGCCACAGCAGUCUCCCAACUCCUAAUAUCCCACCAGGGAGUUUGUUUAAUCCAGUUGGUGCACAGCCUCUCUCGACUGGUCCAAGUAGAUCAAAGGAUCUGGCAGCAUCACGUACAGGCAACCAGACGUCAUCAGUUGCUACAACAUCUACGUCUGUACCAGGAGCUCAAAGUGCUGUAUCAAGUGGGUCUGUUCUGGGUAUGCAGCCUUCAACACCUGCACCAGGACCACCAACUUUUCCUCCGCCAAGUAUGGCUGGAUCAAGGCUACCUGGAGUGCUCCCUUUGGACGUACGCCCUGGAAUGAUGCCACCCUCACCAGGGCAACGAUUUCCAUUGCUGAUACCACCUCAGCCAAACAUGCCCCCUUCAGUAUCAAUUGAUGGUCCUCUUCAGUCAGGAACCAGAGCUCCUUUUCCACCAGGAAAUUCUUUCAAUAGGCUUGAAGGUACAUUCACAAGAUCCGGAGUCCCUAACGUUGAGAGCAGCAGAAAUUCAAGCCAUGGUACAGGAGAAGAAAGACGUAAUGCUGGAAAUGAUAAUGCUUUUCAGCGAGACAACAUACAACAGGAAGGUGACCGAGAUUAUCGGUUCCCACCCGUUGAUAAUAGAGACAAUCUUGGCAGACGUGAUCAGUUCGGUUUUGGUCCCGACCAAAGAUGGGGCUCAAGAGAUUUUGAUGAACGUGAGCGCCGUGGUGUGCCCUUUGGUGGGCCUAAAAAUUUUCAUGAUGAUCAUGAAAGGUUUGGCGGAAGAAAUUUCAGAUUUGAUGGCAGAAGUGGCCCAAUGUGGAGCCGAGGUUUUGAUCAAGAAACACACAGAGAUUUUGAUGAUCGCAGCAGGCCUUGGGAACGUCAGAGAGAUCGUGAUGACCGUGAUUUUGGCUUUCGCCGAGAUGUAAAUGGCAGCCGUUUUGGGAGAGAUAGAGAGCAAGAUCAUUGGGUUCCUCCACGGCAUAGGUUUGACUAUUAUCAAGGGACCACUGAUAGUGAAAAGUCUGAUGAUAGGCCCCGUGUAAAUGGUGAUUUCUCAGAAACAGACAGCCAGCCGCCAAACAAGGAGCUUGCAAACAACAACCCAGAAGUAUCUGUGAGUCUUGCAUCUUCAUCAGAUGAAAGCGAGAAGGAUGAAUUAGAAAAUCAACCUGUAACAGAAAACACUGAUACUGAGGGGACAUAAUGCCAUACACUAUGACAAUUUGUAUAGGUGGUCAUCUCUGCAGUGGAUAAAAUGCUUGACUGGAUCUUGAGAAAAGUCACUGUUGUCUGCAAGACAGAAUUUAAUCCGAUGUACAUCUUUCACUCUAAUAACUGAAGUUAAUGUGUACAACUGACCUGUACAGACUGUUGUUCUUUAGUUGAACACGGUAGGUAAUGACAUUUUUUUUUCACGCUUAGAAGCCAGAACUCCCACAUUUCUUCUAAUUUGAGAAAGAUUAUAAUAGCUUGCCAAAAAAAAUUUUAAAUUGACCUUCCUAUGGAAGAAAGGUAAACUUGUAGCUGUUACAGCUGGGAUGGACUAUCGGUGGUUACAGUAAUACUUGAAAAAUAGGGCAUAAUCAGCAUUUUUCCAUCCUCUGAAGCUGCUACAAUAUUUAAAUUUAAUGUUUUGAUGAAAAUGAGUUUUUGUUUUAGAUUUUAUCCUGUUGACAGCAAGCGCCUAGCCCAUUCACAGUGAGCAGUGCAGUACUGAGGUGUAGAAAAAAUUGUAAUACUUUCUGUUUGUAAAAAAAGACAUUUUAAAAUCCUCUUAUAGUCUGGUCUCUGUUAAUCCCCAAAAUAAAUGUUUGUGAUUUGUCCCUCGUACUGCAGUAAGUAAUGGCUGGAAAAAAAAUCAUUUGAAUGUUGGGUGCAUUCUGUUUUUAGAUGCUAAUAAAACGUUUGUUUGAUAAUGUUGUGAUCUUCAGUUUAUCUGUUUUCUUUGAUAAAGGAAGUUGCCAUCAAAAGCUGCAUACAAUAUUUAAUGUGGCAUCUGGAGAUGCAGUAAAAAUACAUAAUUAGGAAUGGUGUCAGGAGUACAAAGCAAUUUUGUAUUGUAGGAGUCAUGAAUCGUUAGAAUUUCCUUUCUUUUGCCAAUCCUAUUUUUCUUCCAUGUAUCUUCUAAGAACAUGGUAUUUGCUGGCCCUUAGAUUAAUCCAUUGUCUCUGCCACACCAUGGUUAUCCAUCAGAUGGAUAUCAUUUCUUUGAAGAGGUACUAGCUUUAAUAAAACCCUCCAUGAGACAUGAGCAGAAUUUAGGCCAUUUGGCCUAUCAGGUCUGUUCUACCACCAAGUGGUUCAUUUGCCGGUAUACGACAACUCUGUCAAAAUGAGCUUGAAUUGUUGAAUCUGAUUUUUUUUUUUGUUUUUUAAGAUAUUUAGUCAUGUUUAGAAGAGGAUGGUAAAAUACAUUGGCUAGUUAUGACCAACAUGUUUCAGAGUUGAUUGUAAAAAGUAAAAUGUUUUUUAUGAGUAUGUUCUGAGAAAGCUGAUGCCAGUAUGAUAGAACAGCAGCAAGAGUCUUCGAGAAUUAGUCAAAUCCUCUUCCAACUUAGUUGUUAUAGUUUUUUAAUACGUUAAACAGUAAUGGUUGAUGACAUACCCUCACAAUUUGGAUGCUUUUAUAAAAUGGCAUUUUUUUAUAUCUGAACCAGCUUCAUGCGCAAAUCACUCAAGAUUUUAAAGGAGUUCAUGCAGAUUAAAAGCUAGCUCAUUGAUGCAUGUUAAUACCACAAGCCAAAUUUACCCUAUGUAGCAUAAAUAGGUGACCUGUGAUUAUUUAUGUGAGUAUUUUUGUUGGAAGCCAGAGCUUUUCGUUCUAACAAUGUAUUUAAUUCGUAAAAAAAUAGAUUGGCAAAUUGUCAGUUUUCUUUGUAAAUAUUUCCAGAGUUGUUAUUUCCAAUUAAUUGGUUAGUAUUUGAAGAUUUAAUUUUGUUGCCAGCCAUUUAGUAUCUUUUCGUAUUUACUGUUCUUUUCUAAUAAUUAAACACUAUUGUUAAGUGGUUAUUUUUAUAUUUCAAAGAAGGUUAAGAAUAGCAUCCCCUGUCUACGGUUUGACCAGACAUAAAUACAUGUAGAGUUAAGCUUUUGCUAAAAUGUAUUUGGAGAGUGCUUAAUGAGCCUUUUUAUUGUGCUUAACAAAAGUAAUAAAAUAACUGUUAACCAAAGCAAUUUAAAUUUUCACGUGUUAUCAAAGAAUUGCUUUGGAUAGAAUGCUAGAGCACAUAGAGUGGUAAGGCCUUCACACUGAGGAGAAAGUUAACUAACAACUGAAUCGAGAACGAUAUUUUAAGGUGUAUGGGAGCACAGCAUCCUGUCAAUUUAGGACCAAGUAAUUUAGGCUAGUGUCUUGAUCUCACCAAAUGCAAUUCAUUAUUUACAGCAUUAAAAAAAAAUUCAGAACUAUAUACAUUUGCUCAAUAUUGAUGAGCAAAUGUAUGUUAUGAAUGCAGGGAAGGCAAUUAUUACAAUAUGUGGUUGAAAAGAAAUUAAAAAUAACAUAUUAGAAAAUGAAGUAAUAACAGAAAACAAUAGAACUGCACUGAUCCUACCCAGAUUUGAAGAGAUUUUUAUUUUGCUACCAUUCUAACAUCUUCAAUUUUACGUUUUUGUCAUAACCCUGCAUUAUAAUAUGUUAUCCUUCCCAGGAUUUUCUGAUUAUGAUGCAUGCCUUCCAAGUUAUGAAAUAAGCAACUGAUAUGAUGGUGUUGAAUAUUUUGAAUAGAUCGAUUCUGCAAUCAGGGAAACGGGAAAAGACAGUAAAAUAAUUAGAGAGCAUUAGCUGUGCUUUAUUUAAUGGCGUAAUUAUUGUUUAUGUUCUUGUGCAUUUAUAAUUUGGACUAUAUGUACUUAAACAGCAGCAAGAUUACCAGAAAUACCCAUGAUAUACAGGCAGUGCUUUUGCUACUUAAAUAAUGAUUGCAAGAUGUGUCGUGUACCAGAGAGUAAUUUCUCUAAAUCAUUGAUAGCCCUUGUAAUAUGACUGAUGUCACAUAUAUAUUGUAAUUUUAAUAAUCCAGUAGGGUAAACAAUUCAGGUUUUAAGAUUUUGCAGUAAAAUGUUAUUGCAAAUCUCUUAUAUUGCAUAUUUUUCCUAGAACUAAGUCCUUAAUAAGAUUAAUUCGUGGCAGCUGCUCACUUGCACCUAUUAAUUUAUAGGAAGUAGUUUGUUGCAAGCAUAAAAAUCAGCACCCAAAUCAAAUACAGUGGAUCAUGGUUAAUUGGGACUAGUAUAUUUUGGCCCAAUUAAGUGGCUGCCCCAAUUAGCAGAAGUUUCAUAGGAAUAGUUAAAAGGUAUAAAAAUACAAAAUACCAUUUACUUGAGUGACAAAUUAUGUAUAUAAAUGGAGUACAGAGCAAAUUAGAACAUUACUAAUACUACUUCAGUACUAUAAAACUGUAUAUUAGUUCCUAAUAGUUACUAACAGAGGAAUUCAUCUGCCAUAUUAUUUUGAUUGAGUGUUGAACAAGAUCAGCGCAGACACCAAGUGCAGAUAAUAAACUGCCUUCAGACAAUGAUAUAGGUGAUCACAUUCUCCAAAUCUUCAUUUUCGUUGUAACAUUCAAGAUGAUUGCCGAUACCUUCAAAUACUUUGUAAUUCCUAAAUUGUUGUACUAAUGAAAUCAUUUCAGUUUUACUCCUGGCCAUUUCCGGCAGCUCUGAGCCUGAAUGCUUGAAAAAGCAGUGAGCAAAAUCGUUCCAAAUUAUCUUACCGCUUAUUUCUUGGCAAAAAUCACUUUUUUCAACACUAACACACGCAAUGACGUUAUUUAAAAACUAAUUGCUCUAAGCAAGACAUAGUGUUUAACAGCCACAUGACUAAUGCUAGUUAGGAACUGGCGACAGUCAGUUAAUUAUGUGACAAUGUCCCAAAUAAACAGUUGUCUCAAUUAACAGAUGGCCCAAUUAACCAGAAUCCACUGUACUUAAAACGGGAUAACUUAUCUAUCCAUCUGUUUCCUUUAACAUCCAGCUGAUCAUAGAUUUGUAAUAUUUGAAUGUUCCUGUUCUUCCAUAGUUGAAUCUUUAAUAUCCAAAUUGUUUCUGAAAUUUAAAUGGGUUUUUAUUAAAUAAAACAGUCAGAUAACAUAGAGAACAAUAAAAAUCCAGAGUUGUUCUUGAUGAAUUAAUGUAAGUAAUGUUUUUCUCCCAAAACAAUUCAGACUUUCAUUGUUGAGCAUAUCAGUCUAAUGAACUGCCAGAAUUCCAUCUGCUAAUUAUUCCAAGCAACUACUGUUGGGCCAUUUUACUUUCAUCAAGAAUAAAGAGGAUGGAGAGGGAAAUGGUUUUGUAAACUAUAUUUGGAAUUUUGUUUUUGCUUGUAAACUGGAACUGUUUUGCAGUUAAACAAGUUAAAUUAUGCUGUUAAUUAAAGUGUGUAAUUAGGGCCUUUUUAUAAUUGAUUAAAAUUUCCACUCUGAAGAGUGAAGUUCUGUUAGGGAAUGAGACAGGGCAGUGUGUACAGGCAAACACUUCUGAUCUAGAAAUUAAUAGUGAAGGUUAGGUUUGGCCCUUAGAUUGAGGGCCUCAGUCAGUCGGAGUUGACCAUGGAUAUGGCGUCCUACCUGUCUAGAUAUGCAAGCCUGAGCAGUUAGAUACAAAGAGCAAGCUCCCCCUCUCCAUGCAUCUGAUGAACCAAAAGGAACAGCAGAGACCAAUACAGUUAGGUACCAGCAACGUUGCAGAAGUUGCCAGUAAACAUUGAACUCACUGUACGACUGCCUUAGGGACUCCAGCUCCAGAUUUUUCCCUCAUGGUUUACUCCUGAAGCCUUCCCUAUGAGCGGGUAUAGCUGCAAGGCAGUGGAGGUUUGAGAUCGGAGUUUUCCUUACCAUAGGUGAGCUGCCAACCACAGCUGAUGAGUCCUAUCUGCCCGGAGCAACUGGUUUUAAGGCGCCAGUAAGCCGUCUUUUCCCCCGUCCUGUCAGUGGAAACAGUUUCACUGGGCUUCGUAGCUAAGCCACAUGUGAAGGCCAGGGGCUGGACUUGGUUGUCAGAGGCUAUUUGAGGCACAAGCCAUUGGGAGCAUUUAAUGGGUAUUUGGAGCUUGGUCCCAUUACUAUCCCCAGCUUAACAACUUUAAGGAACCAAGGAUUGAUAUUAUUAAUCUGAGAUUAGAAAGACCAAUUUUGCUGCAAGUGCCCAAGGAGCUUCCAGUGUAAGUUGCGGAUGCUGGUUCAAUUGCAAUAUUUGGGAGAAGUUUGGAUAAAUACGUGGAGGACUGUGAUCCAGGUGCGGGUUGAUGGACUAGGCAGAAUAACAAUUAGCACAACUAAAUGAGCCAAAGGGCCUAUUUCUGUGUUGUAAUGUUCUAUGACUCUGAUUCAGAGGAAUUUGGGGGAAAAUCUGAUUAGGAGGGUGAUUUUAGUGAUGUUAAGUCACUAAAUUAACAGCAGAUAGAGAGGGGAUUAUGAGGGAAGGUGAUAAGAGAACAAGGAUUUAUCUAGAACAUCUGAGCCUGGUUUGGGAUUCUGUUAAGAGGACUGGAUGGUCUUGUAAACUCAGCAGGCCAGGCAGCGUCUCUAGUACAGUGGACGUUUCGGGCCAAGACCCCCUCCCCCUCCCACUUUCAAAUCUCUUACUAGCUCUUCUUUCAGUUCUGACGAAGGGUCUCAGCCCAAAACGUCGACUGUACCUCUUCCUAGAGAUGCUGCCUGGCCUGCUGCGUUCACCAGCAACUUCGAUAUGUGUUGUUAAAUUUCCAGCAUCUGCAGAAUUCCUCUUGUUUGGGUCUUGUUAACUACUUUGUUGUGUUACUCAUUAAGUACUUUGCAAAUGGUGUAAAUGUUGGGAGAAAGAUCUGCUUGGUAUUUGGAAUGGACAUCAUAUAGAGUGUAUACUGUUCCCAUACCAACCUUCUUCAUAGAGUCAUAGAAAAGUACAGCAUAGAAACAGACCCUUUGGACCAACAGGUCUGUGCCAAAACAUUUAAACUGCCUACUUCCAUCAACCUGCGUAGGGACCAUAGCCACACACACAAAAUGCUGGAGGAUCUCAGCAGGCUAGACAUCUGUGGAAGUGAGUACAGUUGACGUUUCAGGCUGAGUCCCUUCAACAGGAUAGUCAAAGGCAGUAUUAUGGGUAACAGAGAUCCUGGAGAAUCAAAAAGGUGGAGAUCAAACACAACCUGCUAGAGGAACUCAGUAGGCUAAGCAACAUUUAUGGUGAGGAAUGAACAAUUGUCAUUUCAGGCAGACUCCACAAUAGGACUGGAUUUCUGCUGAAGGGUCUCGGCCCAAAACGUCAACUGUACUGUUUUCCAUAGGUGCUGCCUGGAUGGCUUGCUGAGUAACUCCAGCAUUUUGUGUGUAUUACUUGGAUUUCCGGCAUCUGCAAGUUUUCUCUUGUUUGUGACAGGAACCGUAGCCCUCCAUACCACUACCAUCCAUGUACCUAUCCAAACUUCUCUUAAACAUUGAAACGUUGGCAGCUCGCUCCAUACUAUCACAACCCUCUGAGUGAAGAAGUUUCCCCUCAUGUUCCCCUUAAACUUUUUACCUUUCACCCUUAACCCAUGACCUCUAGUUGUAGUCCCACCCAACCUCAGUGGAAAAGCCAGUUUGCAUUUACCUUUGAUAGUUUUGCAUACCACUAUUAAAUCUCCUCUCAGUCUUUGACAUUACAAGGAUUAAAGUUCUAACCUGUUCAAUCUUUCAACCUUAUUUACAUCUUUCCUGUAGAUAGAUGACCAAAACUGCACACAAUACUCCAAAUUAGGACUCAGUAAUGUCUUUAAAAACUUCAUAACAUCCUAUGUCCUGCAUAAAGGUCAAUGUGCCAAAAGCUUUCUUUAUGACCCUAUCAACCUGUGACACCACUUUCAAUGAAUUGUGGACCUGUAUUCUCAGAUAUCUUCGUAUUACAGCACUCCUCAGUGCCCUACCAUCACUGUGUAAGACCUACCUUGAUUGGUCCUACUAAAGUGCAGCAUCUCACACUCGUCUGCAUGAAAUUCCAUCUGCAUUUUUCCUGCUGGUCCAGAUCCUGCUGCAAGCCAUGAUAGUCUUCCUCACUGUCCAGUGCACCCCCAGUUCCAUAGUGGAAGGUAAUAUCCUCAGUAAAAACAAGAGAUUUUGCAAAUGCUGGAAAUCUAGUCCUGAUAUAGGGUUGCAGGCAACAGGAAUUCUGCAGAUGCUUGAAAUUCAAGCAAAGACUCUGCUCUCAAACGCAUCUCCCCCAUUUCGUGCACAUCUGCUCUCACUCCAUCCUCCCGCCACCCCACUAGGAAUAGGGUUCCCCUGGUCCUCACCUACCACCCCACCAGCCUCUGGGUCCAACAUAUUAUUCUCCGUAACUUCCGCCACCUCCAACAGCACAUCUUUCCCUCCCCCCGGCUUUCUGCUGGCAUUGCUCCCUACGCGACUCCCUUGUCCAUUCGUCCCCCCCAUCCCUCCCCACUGAUCUCCCUCCUGGCACUUAUCCUUGUAAGCGGAACAAGUGCUACACAUGCCCUUACACUUCCUCCCUUACCACCAUUCAGGGCCCCAGACAGUCCUUCCAGGUGAGGCGACACUUCACCUGUGAGUCGGCUGGGGUGAUAUACUGCGUCCAGUGCUCCUGAUGUGGCCGUUUAUAUAUUGGCGAGACCCGAUGCAGACUGGAAGACCUCUUUGCUGAACACCUACGCUCUGUCCGCCAGAGAAAGCAGGAUCUCCCAGUGGCCACACAUUUUAAUUCCACAUCCCAUUCCCAUUCUGACAUGUCUAUCCAUGGCCUCCUCUACUGUAAAGAUGAAGCCACACUCAGGCUGGAGGAACAACACCUUAUAUUCUGUCUGGGUAGCCUCCAACCUGAUGGCAUGAACAUUGACUUCUCUAACUUCCACUUGUGCCCCACCUCCCCUCGUACUCCAUCCGGUAUUCAUUUUUAUACACGCAUUCUUUCUCUCACUCUCCUUUUUCUCCCUCUGUCCCUCUGACUAUACCCCUUGUCCAUCCUCUGGGCCCCCCCCCUUUCUUUCUCCCUGGGCCUCCUGUCCCAUGAUCCUCUCAUAUCCCCUUUGUCAAUCACCUGUCCAGUUCUUGGCUCCAUCCCUCCCCCUCCUGUCUUCUCCUAUCAUUUUGGAUCUCCCCCUCCCCCUCCCACUUUCAAAUCUCUUACUAACUGUUCCUUCAGUUAGUCCUGACGAAGGGUCUCAGCCUGAAACGUCGACUGUACCUCUUCCUAGAGAUGCUGCCUGGCCUGCUGCGUUCACCAGCAACUUUGAUGUGUGUUGCCUGAUAUAGGGUCUCUGCCGGAAAUGUCGAUUGCUCAUUCCUCUCCACAAAUGUUACUUAGCCUGCUUCCUCCAGCAGUUUGUGCUUGAUCUUCACUUUACUGAUUCUCCAGGAUCUCUGUUACCCAUAAUACUGCCUUUGACUGUCCUCAUCAUCAUCUUUAUUUCACACUGCCAUGUUGAUCUCCAGACAUGCAACUCCCGCAGAUCUCAUUUUACACACUUCAAUAUACACUCAGUGGCCACUUUGUUAGGUAUACCUUUACAUCUGCUCGUUAAAGCAAAUAUGUAAUCAUGUAGCAGCCACUCAAUGCAUAAAAGCAAGAGGCUCAGUUGUUGUCAGACCAAAUAUCAGAAUAGGAAAGAAAUGUGAUCUCAUUGACUGUAGAAUGAUUGUUGGUUUCAGACAGGGUGGUUUGUGUACUUGAAAGCUGCUGAUAGUCUGGAAUUUUCAUGCACAGUAGUCUCUAGAGUUAACAGAAAAUGGUGGGAAAAUGAAAAGCAGCCAAUGAACAGCAGUUCUGUGGGUGAAAAUGCCUUUUUAAUGAAAGGGGUUAGAGGAGAAUAGCCAGGCUGGUUCAAGUGACAGUAAAUUAAAUAGCCAAGUGUUACAACAGUGGUGUGCAGAAGAGCAUAUCUGAACACACAAAUGUCAAACUUUGAAGCGAAGGGGCCACAGCAGCAGGAGACCACCAUGGGUUCCACUCCUAUGCCUAGUAAAGUGACCGUUGUGUUUCUCACUUCAUCUUGAUCUUCACUCUGCCUUUGGUGUCCAGUCUUAUUAAUGCUGUAUACUUUCUCAAUCACUCAAUAUUACCAUCUUACUCCUUGCUAGUUCCAUUUAGCAGUAUUGUUGUUUUGUUUUCCAUGUAUAACCUCUGUUUUCUACUCUUUUAUGACUAGUUUCUUUUCCUUUAAUGUUGUGAAAUAUUCUGAAAACAUUCAGCAGGUGAAACACUAGAAAUAGAACUGAUUACUUUAAUAUUAAUGUCUGCUUACCCUCAAAAGAUGGCUUUUAUCUGCAUUCUCAACAUGGGCAAAUUAAAUAAUUUAACUGACAUAAUAAUAAUAGGUUUAUUCCUGUGUAACAUUGUCUUUGGAGUAUGAACAUUCAACAAGAAUGGGGAGAGAAAAGAAAGUACAGCUGCAGCUCUGAGUGGUUAGUUACAAAUCAAGGUUUAGUAGUGUUUGUGUUUUCUAUCCUUUCCUCUAGAUGAUACUAGUGUCAUUACUUAGAUAGUUGGUAUAACCUUUUCAAAAUGAUUCAAUUUAAUAAUUCUGCUAUAAAUCAGAACGGUUGUGCAUGAAAGUAUGUCUUAUGUGACCAAUCAUCAUUUAUGGUCACAAUAUCUCAAGUGAUAAAGUCACAUAUUCUGUAAAUCCCACCGUAAGUUCAUUGUUUCCACUUUGAGUUUUGUUUGCAAAACUUCACUAAUUGUCUUGAUGAUCAAAAUUGUGCAGGUGCAAUUUCACAGAGCUUGAUAUCACCUUACAUCAUUCUUUUCCAUUAAUUUUCUAUCAGUAGUAACUUUUGGAGCAAUUUUACAUAUAAAUAGGAACUUUAUUAAAUUGAUUUUGCACUGGGCUUUUCCAAAUAAUAACGCAGAGGCCUAUGCAUGCUCUGAAAAAUUAAUACUUUUUACACAUAUUGCUAAGUAUCCAUAAGUAGUCCUGGAAGAGUAUUUGUAUAAAAGUAAAUUCAUAUUCUAACAUUUCUACAGAUUUUCAAUUUCAGGCAUUGAAAGUUUACCAGUUUGAAUCACAACUAACAUUUGUGUUAUCACCUUCCGUUUGAUAAAAGAUGAAAAGAGCAGCCUCGGUUAAAGGCCAACAACAAAUUAAAGGAGACAGGUGUGAUGAACAAAGCUUAGUGAAAAGACAGUUAUAAGAGAAAUAAUUAGAGCUAAGAGUGUUUGGGGAGGGAUUUUGAGCUGCUGUUGAUAACUUAGACAUGGGACUAAAUGCCCACUGAAUUCCUAUAUAAACUCAAAUGACAAAUUGAUAGUUUCAUACCUUGCAUGUUUGAACACAGAUUAUAUUUAAAUUUUCCCAUAACCUUGAAUGUUAGUGUAUUUGAUAUCAAAUGUAUGUAAGAACAUACAUUGCAUUCCCUUGAUCUGCUUCUGCCGUUUAAAAUUAUAUUGAUAAUCUGUGCCUUAGUUCCAUUUCCCACUUUCAAAGAUUAAUAUUUUGAUAUUUUUAAAUAAAAAUCUGUUCUCAUUCUAAAUACUUCAAUUAAAAUUAUUGCAUCCCUUUUAAUAAUUUUAACAUGCUUAACUGGAUAACCUUGACACCUGAACACUCAGUAUUACAAAGUUCAUACACUGUGUUGCCAUCAUAGACUUUUAACUCCAACUAUCACUGUUAAACCUGCUGUGCCAGCACCAACCCAAUAUAUUCUAAAAGAAAAGCAGAAACUGCAAGUAAUAUUCAGCUAGUCAGAUAGCAUUUGUGGAUACAUUUCAGAUUGAUGGUUGUAUAUCAAAAAAUUUCUUAGAAUCACAGUUAAACACUACACAUACAAGCCCCUAUGCCCAACUUUUCAUGGUAACCAGGAUGUCUAUCUGUGCUAGUCCCAUCUGCCAUUGUUUGGUCUCUAACCCUUCUAUCCUUUUCUAACUAUUCUAUUCAAAAAUUGUAAUUGUACCCACUGUGCAGCUUCCUCUGGUAGCUCAUUCCAUAUACCCAUCACCAUCUGUAUGAAAAAGUUUCCCCACAGAUCCCUUUCAAGUCUUUCCCUUCUCACCUUGUUUUUGUACACUUAUUUUUUUGGUAUCUCCUUCCCUUGGAAAGUGACUGUGACCUUCCAAUUUAUCUAUAUCCCUCAUGAAUUUAUAUACCUCUAAGAAGUCACCCCUCAGCCCCCUAGGAAAGAAAUCCCAGCUUAUACAGCCUUUCUUUGUAACUCGUUUUUGAUGCCUUUCUCAAAUUUGGUUGUCUAAAACUGAUUUCCAUACUCUAAGUCAAAUACAUUUUCUGGGAUCAGGGCACCUUUGGAUAGUUGGUAUGAUAUUUCAGAAAUUAGGGCUGGUCUUUAUUUGCAGACGCAAGUAUUCUCCAAUGGCAAUUACUCAUCAAGAAAAAUAUACUAAUACACUACUUCAUAUAUCAUUUCAUGUCCUUGUGCAGUAAAAUCUCUUUUAAGUGUGGUUGUGUGGGAGAAGUUAUGGAUACCUUGGGUAGUCCAGAGUUGGUUGAAACUCCUAGAUUUGUUUUCCAUUUCAGUGAUGCUACAUUGGCACACUAUAGUCAUAAAUGACAGAGUGAAAUAUUACCUAAAUUGCUUGCAGUACUGACUUUCUAUCUUUAUGCAAAAGAAGCUCUAUUUGGAUUGGAUGCUAUAUUAUCGCCCCCUAAUGGCAGAAGAUUUGGCUCAAGCUUAAUCUGAAGCAGGUCAAUUUAUUUUAACAAAUGUUUACAGGAACGAUUCACCAUACGAUAAAGGACAAAUUUUGAGCAUUAGAUUUGAGAUAGUAGUCUGCAAGUUGGAGUUCCACAACAAUCUUGCUGUAGUAAACUUUCGCAGGAGUACAAAGCCAAGUUUUCUGGACACAUCUUCCAAAGAUAAUGAUCCAGCACAUCAUUUUCCUUCCGCCCGCCAUCGACAAUGGCAUCCAACCACUGAACACAUCUUUUCCUCCCAUUACUCUCCCCCGCCCCCCUCCCCCCCCCACUUUACAUAUGGGAUCAUUCUUACAUGACUCCUUCGUCUGCUUGUUCCUCCCUAGUGAUCUCCCUUCUGGCACUUGUAAUGCAAAUGUGACAAAUGCUACACUUGGCCCAACACCUUCUUCUUCACCACCAUUCAGGACCGCAAGCAGUCCUUUCAAGUGAGACAACACCUUACCUGCAAGUCUGUUGGAGUCAUCUGUAUCCAAUGUUUCUGGUUUGGUUUCCUCUUUAAUCGGUUAGACACGACGUUGGUCAGGGGACCGCUUCAACAAGCACUUUUCACAUUUCAAUUCAACUUCCCAUAAACAGUCCUAAGGCCUCCUCUACUGUCACAAUGAGUCCACACUCGGGUUGAAGGAUGAUGGCACGAGCAUCAAUUUCUCUAGCUUCCAGUUGCUUCUCCUCCCUCCCCCUUCUCUCUCUUUCCAUUUCUAGUUCUGGUUCCCAUCUCAACUCUUCACCUGCCAAUCACCUCCCUCUGGUAUCUCCCCGCUUUUCCUUUCUCCUAUGGUCCACUGUUCUUUCCUGUCAAAUUCCUCCAUCAGCCCUUCCACCCAUCACCUCCCAGCUUCUUACUUCAUCCUGGCUUCAACUAUCACCUGCCAGCUUUUAUUCCUUCUCUUAUCCCCGCUCCCCCACCCCACACCUUCUUAUUCUAGCUUUUUCCCCAUUCCUUUCCAGACCUGAUGAAGGGUUUUGGCCUAAAAUGUUGACUGUUUAUUCCCCUCCAUAGAUGCUGCCUGACUCACAGAAUGCCUUCAGCUCAAGAUUUCCAGCAUCUGCUGAAUCUCAUGUGUUAAUGAUAGAGGUUAAUUUUUCUUUGUAGAUUCACUUGGAACCAGUUGAUUUCCAAAUUCUAAGUCAUAUAUGAGAAACCAUGUAUAUUUUUUGGAAAUUAAUACUUUUGCUGUAAAACACAAAGAUACUCAAAAUACACAUUACACCCCACAAGCACUGGCAGCCAAUUAUUUAGGUGAGCAGCUAAUAGACCCAAGUUGUUUCAUAUCAUUCUUUCCUCAAAAAAUGUUAUUUUAUUGGCAUAGCUUACAAUCUUUUCAGAUAGGAUCAUAGAACAUUACCAAAACUACACCCUCCUCCACAAUCCUGAACCUUGCUCUUUCCCAAAACCUUGCUGUUCAAACAAUGUCUCAUUUACCAUUUGUUAUUCCUCCUAUUCCACACAUUUUCAUAAUGUAGUUUGGAAUACUGAACAAAACAAUUAUACAUUAAAAUCCAGUUCAGGUCAAGAGUGGAACAGAAACUUGAAAUCACACUUAAAACUGAAAAGUGAUGUUCUAAAAAGUGGUCAUCCUAUUACAGGUGGCACAAUGGUACAGGCAAUGAACUGUAGGCCACCAGUACCGGAGACCUGGGUCCAAUCCUAAUAUUGGGUACUAUCUACGGAGUUUGCACAUUCUCCCUGUGACUGUGUAGGUUUCCUCCAAGUACUUUGGCUUCUUUACAUCCAAAAGAUGUGUUAGUUGGUAGGUUAAAUGGCAACUGUUAAUUGUCCCUAGUGUGCAGGUGAGUGGUAGAAUUUGAAGAGACUUGAGAAUGCAGGGAGAAUAGAAAUGGGAAAAACCUUAGUUUAGUGUAAAUUGAUGGUUGUUAGCAUGAAUUCAGAGGGCCAGAGGUCCUGGUAACAUGCUGUAUCCCUCAACAACUCUGAAUCAAAAUCUGUUUGGUCUCAGAAUAUACAGAAUGAAGAAUAGUAAUUGUAAACAAGUAUCCUGGAAACAGUGUUGGGAACCCUGCAUGACAAGAAGGGAAGAGGUUCCAUCACUAAAGGUAGUAUAGAAGGUGUGGUGGGAAGAAGAGGGGAUGCUGGUGCUGAUUUAUGAGUGAACCACAAUGUGAUGACCUUAAACACGAUAUUGUGCUGGAGGUACUAGAAAUGGAUAGUGGUGCACUAAUAUGCAUUGUUAAUGGUUGGAAGUUAAAAAUGAAAGGAAUCCUAGGGAAGAGAUGAAUAGGGCAGAGAACCUUGAAGAUAGAACAUGGAAAGAAACUGAGGACCAUUGAAGGCAUUUCACAAGCAUGUUAAGAAAGAUCAGAUAACAUCCUGAUCCAAAGAUUUAUAAAAUAGUCAACCUCUUUCCUACAAUUUUAAUCUGCAUGAAUUUUGUUUGUCAAGGUAGUAAAAGGAUACGGUGUCAAUGCAAGCAUUUGGGGGAUAGCCUUUGUAGCACUCAGUGAAAGAACGCACCAUUAAGUAGACGGAAUGACCUACUCCUAUCUUGCGUUCCACUAAAUGGAAAACGCCUGCCUUUAGAUACCACUAGAUAUGUAAAGGUAAUGUAACUUUCAUUGCCAAUAUGUAAAUGAAUGGAACAUAAUCAAGAAUAUGGGAGGGUGGUUAAGAGAGAAUGUAUGGGGUGGUGGGGUCUUUGCUAUGCUGACUGCCUUACUAAGGCUGCAAGAAGUGUAGCUAUUCAUAGAGGGGAGGCUGGUUUCCAGGACGUACUAGCGUUGGGAAGAGUCCAGACGAGGUUUAUGAGAAUGAGCUAUGGAAUUAAAGGGUUGACUUUGACUCUUGGACUUUAGAAGAAUUGGGGGGUGGGGGAAUCUCAUUGAAACGUAUUGAAUACUGAAAGGACUAGAUCGAGUGGAUGUGGAGAGAAUGUUUCCUUUAGUAAAGGAGUCUAGGACCUGAGGGCAUAGUCUCAGAACAGAACCGAGAUGUGGAGGAAUUUUUUUUAACCAGAGGAUGGUGAAUAUGUGGAAUUCAUUGCUACAGACAGCCCUGCAGGCCAAGUCACCGGGUAUAUUUAAAGUGGAGAUUGAUGGGUCCUUGAUAAAUAAGGGUAUCAGAGGUUACAGGGGAAAGGCAAGAGAAUGGGUUUGAGAGGGAUAAUAAAUCAGCCAUGAUAGAAUAGCAAGUAGAUUCAAUGAAUCAAAUGGCCUAAUUCUGCUCCUGUGUCUUAAACAAAGUCACUAAAAUGAUGGAGCUAAUUGUAUAAGCAGGGCAGCUUUACUAAUUGGUUUAAUUUACUAAACAAAUAAUGUAUUAAAGCUAACAGUAAAAAGUAAUUUCACACUGUUGAAAAUUAAGGUCAAUUUCGAAGUAAAGAUAGUUGAAAUAACUUCAAUUAAUGAUUAUCUUUAGUAGUAAUUCAUUGUUUUGUUUAGUAUUUCUAAUUUGUUGUUGAGGUUAGCGUGUCCAAGUUAGUAUGCUGUGCUGCUUUUGCUGACAUAAAUGAGAAGUGUUAGUUCUGUUGUGUCCUAUCAUUUGCAUUCUUAAUCUUUAAUUUGAGUGUUUAUGAAAAGUUCUAGUGAUACAUGAGUGCCUAAUGAAAUUAGAAUGCAUCAAGUAGUAUUUUUUUACAUAUUUCUUUUGCCAGGGAUGUGAGGAAUCAAGAGGGCCACCUUAUUUUUAUGUCGUUGACAUUCAGGCUCCAAGCAGGGUUUAAACAUUUGCUGCUAAAUAACAUAACUAUUUCAGUAAAAUUGUGGUAUCAUGAUUCAAAGUGUCAUAAUAUUUUCACACUACUGUUCUUCAGGAUAUUUGUGAAAAAUCUAGCACAGCGUCUUCUCAGGUUUUACUGUGUUUAUUGGUAGCUAUCGACAGAGUGCAAGCAACUGAAUAAAAAUAAUUCAGUUGCUGCAUUGUUUACAUAAAAGUAGCUCAUUAUGCUUGUGUUUUGUAGAUUUCAGAGCUUUUCUUAACACCACCAUCUUGUAAUAUUUACAACUUUGAGAGUCAUUUUAAAACUUAGUUAAUUAUGCUCUUGUUCUUCAUUCUCCCCCCCCCCCUUUUUAUUUUACUUAUUGUCCUUGGUACUCUCUGACUCCUAAAACACUAAAGUUAUCAGUUCUCAAGGAAGUGAUCAUCUGGUCCCAAGCUAUGCAUCAAAUAGAAAUACUCUUAUCUUCUGAAGAGGGUAAUUAUUUCUCAUUGAUUAGUGGAGGGUGUUGGUCAAUGCAUGAUGCAAUUGUGAUAGUGUUGUUACAUUUUAACAUUUUUAAUAUUUUUGUGAUUAAUCUCUCUCCUGUUGGUUUUACUUAAUACAACUAGCAGAACAUUUGAUAUGAGACUUUAAGAAAAAUGGGUUUGAGCACAGUGUCGCACAAUUUUCCAGUGAAUUGGUUACCAAUAAAUUGGGUUUAAUGUUCACCUCCAGUGCAUUCUAUAAUCAGAUGUUUUGUACCUUAUGUGCUGAUCGACAGGGAGUGAGAAUUUUCUCCUAAAAGAAGUCCAGUGUGCUACCAAUGAGGAAAUGUUUGCUGGUAACCUACAUGGUAACAAAACCAAGUGGUGCCAUAUGCUGGAGAAUCAGCAAGUGUGGGUAUUGCUGCUGACUUCCUCAUUCCAACUAUUCUGCCACUGAACAGGAAACUAAAUAUGAGGAAUGAAUUGCGUAAAAGUUUGCCAUAAAGCAACAUUCCAAAUUAAUUGCUUCUCCAAUGAAACAUUUGAGUAAAGAUCGUAUCCAACAUUGAGUAAUUGUGUGACAUUUUAGGCACAGGAGAGAGGACAGUGAAAGCUCUACAAUAUUUGUAAAAUUCUGUACAACAGAUCCAUCCAUGUGAUUGGCAGGCAAGUUAGUCUCUCUUUUUCUCUCAUUUUCAGGAUGCAUUAUUGAUUUUGAAAGUUGAACACAAGUAUAAAUGAGAAUUCAAAGAGUUUGUAAAUUCUGGUAGUACCCUUAAUUAGGAUUGAUUUUUUAAUAUAUUUACAUUUAAAACUAAUUACAUAAUAUAAAAGAAUUAUAUAGAUGGCACAUUAAUCUGAACUGUUUGCCAUAGGUUAGUUCUAUCGCCACCAUUAGCAGUGUGUGACUGACAGAACUUUAUUUUAGCAUUACAAAGUUCAAAAUGCUUUUUUUUUCCAAAAUACCAGCCAAAUUUAGAUUUCAGUAUCUUUAACCAUACAAGUAGACUUAAGACAAUGUCAUUUAACUACCAGACACUGAAAUUCCUAUCACAGCACUGCUAUGUAAGUGUUUAACAAUAUGUAAUUGUUUAUCAUUAAUUAGAACUGACUCUGUUACUGUUGACUUAUAUUUAUAAUAUUUACAAUAGUGUUAAAUUUCUGUAAAGCAAAAUGUAUUAUAGCAUUGGAGUUUUAUUAAUAAAAUAUUGCUCUCAAUUAUUGUUUGUAGACUUUAAUACACAUUCAGGAACUUAAAAGCAAUCCGGUUUUUUAGAGCAAUACAACAUUUGUGGGUUAGAACAUAGUGAGCAAUUGGAAAUUGGGUAAAUUGAGUAAGGCCCUAAACUCAGAAAUUCUGUCCCUAAUCUUCCCAGCAUUUAAGGCAUUACAAAACAUGGACAAUACUUCAGUUCACCUGCAAUUUUACUUCCUAUAUGGUAAAUUUUGUUUGAUAAUGUGUCGAUGAAGUACCUUAGGACAUUUUCUAUGUUAAGCAUAUAUGUAAAAACAAAUGAUUGCUUCUGUUCAUGUAAAUAAAUACUAGGUCAGAACAUUUGAGAUCUGUUAAUAUCAGUAUCUGGCAAUGGGUACUAAUUUAUGGGAACACAGAAUUAAUUUUUUGUUUUACUUGGACCUACGAAGUGAAUCUUUGAUAUUCACAAAGAAAACUAGGACAAUCCAGCAUACUGAAAAUGGGUUAAUCCCUGUCUGUGUAUAUAAAUUAUUAUUACUAACAUAGGGGAAAAAGUAUACAACCUGGAGUGGAAGUGUAGAGAACUUGCAGAGCUUGGAGCCCUUGUGGGGAAAAAUUGGUCCUAUGAAAAC